GGGGCGGGCAAUGAAACCCUACCUCCAUCGCUCAUUUGCCCAUGCUUUGCUUGUCGUUUGGUGAGCGUAUAUUGCACGCGCUAGUCGAUUCCUCUUGUCUCUUUUGUUCGUUCUCCACUCCUCUCCAGACCUCCGUCCAGGCACCAACGCCCAAACAUCUAACCCAUUUACUGUUCCAAAUGGCCCAGACCUGAGUCUUCCCCUUUAUUUUUUAUUUUGCCUUCGCUCCGACCACUCUACUCAUCUGCUCAACAAGCGAUUAGCGAUUCCGAGGAGAGUUGCUGCAGGAAUCUGGUCAUCACCAUGUUUAUGACAAGGGUUUUUGGGAGGACACUGUUUGCUGCUGCCAAGUCUGAAGCUUCUGCUGCUACUGCUGCCGCUGCUGCUUCUGCUAGGAUGGUACAUAACCCUUUGCAGGAAUUCUUUGAGGCAGAUAGAAGUCAGGAUGAUGAUCAACCUGUUGUUUAUGGUCGAAGUUGGAAGGCUUCUGAACUACGUCUUAAGUCUUGGGAUGAUCUCCACAAACUAUGGUAUGUUCUAUUGAAGGAGAAAAACAUGCUUAUGACUCAGCGCCAGAUGCUUCAUGCUCAAAACYUACGGUUUCCUAAUCCAGAGCGUCUUCCCAAGGUAAGGAAAUCAAUGUGUCGCAUCAAGCAUGUGCUCACUGAGAGAGCAAUUGAAGAGCCUGAUCCUAGGAGAUCUGCUGAAAUGAAGAGGAUGGUAAAUGCUUUGUGAUGUGUUCCUUACUGCAUUUCCUCCAGGUAGGUAAAUCGUUUCCUUGAGGUGCAGGCAAAAUGAUUUUUGAUGUACACAAUUUUAUUAACACCCAGUGAUUGGUAGUUCAAUUGGUUUAAGGAUAAAUGAAGCCAGGUUCUACUUUUAUGGAAAAAAAAAGGUUGUGGAUGCUCGUUGUUAGUGGUUAUGUGAGCUGGGACAAUUACCAUAGGCUGCUUCAAUUAAACGUUGUUUUCCUUCUUUCUGCUUAUUUGCUUAAUAGUUUACAAAGUCCCA